GUUUUAUGAAAAGGCAGCACUGAUUGAAAAAAAUAAUUCUUAUCAAACUUUUGUGUUCGUGAUUUUCCUAUUUUCCACUUGAAUAAUUUAUUUCAAUCGAGUAUCAAUUUCCGUAUAAUGAAUUUUUGAAAUAACCAGUUACCUCUGUAUUCAUUGUGCAAUUUGUUCUAAAAUGAUUCACGUACGCCCUCCGACUGCAGCCGAGCUGCAGAAUGUUCUGUGACGACUGCAUCGCUGGACGAUUCGAUCGCAGUAAAUCAAUCCGUAAGCUGUUAAAUUUGUCAAUUUUUGCACCAGUAUGUGUUUCAAUUGUUUGCUUCGACUAAAACCUCGUUACAAACGGCUGGUCGAUGACAUAUUUCCAGCCUCGCCGCAAGAUGGCUUGGUCAAAAGUAACAUGGAGAAGCUAAUGUUUUACGCCCUAUCAUCGCCCGAAAAAUUGGACCGUAUCGGAGAAUACUUGUAUCAAAAAGCCAGUCGAGAGAUCACUCGUAAACGAUGCAGUUACGUGAAAAUAGCUAUGGAAGCGAUGGAUCAGUUGUUGAUGGCGUGUCAUUCGCAAACCAUAAAUUUAUUCGUAGAAAGUUUCCUGCGAAUGGUGCAGAAACUGAUGGAAUGCCCGGAAUACGAGUUGCAAAUCUUGGCUACUCAGUCGUUCGUUCGUUUCGCUAAUAUCGAAGAAGAUACGCCUUCUUACCAUCUUCGUUACGACUUUUUCGUAUCCAAGUUUUCUUCGAUGUGUUACAAUAAUACUCAAGAGGAAGAAACUCGCCAUCGUAUUCGACUCGCUGGAAUUAAAGGCCUACAAGGCGUUAUUCGUAAAACAGUGAACGACGAUUUGGUGGAAAAUAUUUGGGAAUCGGUUCACAUGGAUAAAAUAAUACCUUCUUUAUUAUACAAUAUGCAAAAUCUAUCAUUCAAGACCGAAGAAGAAGGUACAAUGGAGAACGUCGACCCUAACGAAUUACUAGCUUGUAACAGAUUCGAAGAAAAAGAUCCGGCCAUGUUGGCCGAAGCUUGUUUUCGCGAACUCGUCGGUAGAGCUUCGUUUGGUCACGUGAAGAGUAUCAUUAGACCAGUAUUACAGCAUUUCGAUUCGCUCGAAUUAUGGGCAUCGAAAUCGUUCGCUAUUCAUUGCUUCAGAUUAAUCAUGUUUUCGAUCCAGUCGCAAUAUUUGUACACGGUCGUGGAAAGCUUAAUGAUACACUUGGACGAGAAUUCCAAACUACCGUCGAAAAUCCGAACCAACGUGGCCGAAGUUCUUUCGAAAAUCAUCGCCAUAGCUGCUAGCGAAAGCGUAGGCCCUACCGUUCUCGAAAUAAUCAACUCUCUGCUGACUAAUUUACGUACUUCGGUUACCAGACAAAGUACGAAUACGGUUAGCGACGCUGUCGAAGACGAGAAACUGUAUCAAGAAGCGCUGAUCGCAGCUUUGGGCGAGUUCGCCGCCAAUUUACCCGAUUACCAAAAAAUCGAGAUCAUGAUGUUCAUCAUGUCGAAGAUCACCAACACUAAACCGAUCGUAAACCUGUCCAAUGUCGAUAAUCAGAUAAAACACAUUUGUUUGAAAUCGUUGCUCAUCGUAUGCUCUAAAUACAGCUCGAUUCAUAUGACUGCUACGUUACCGCAAUCUUUUCUCGAUCCUUUAUUGCGAUGUUCGCAAGCUAGCGAUCCUCAAAUUCGACUACUCGUCCAGAACGUCUUCCAUUUGCUAUUCGAUCGUCACAGUAAUACGAGUAAAUUAUCGAAACCGACGGUGGAGUUUUCAUCUUCGGAUAUCACGUACGAGAAAUGCUCCAGCAGCGAUGUAAUGUUCAUGCGCAAAUACGGUCCGGAAGUAUACUCGAGUUUAUGCGACUCGUUAGAGCAUCAUAAUAAUACCAUAGACAAUAUCGAAGCUGUUUACAAAACCAUCGCUUUAUUAUGUAUCGAAUUAACUUCGGAAGAAACCAUCGGUGAUUUGCUGUACGCCAUGGUCAGUAUACAAGACAUGGCUCUCACCAGUACCACAUUACCGAACGUUCUGAAAUACCAAUUGCACACUAUUGUCAUUUGUUUACUAUCGUUGAUCGCCUACGUUCAUUCGUUACGUCCGGUGCAAGACUACGUCGAUAAAAUAAUCCAAACUCGAAGAGAUCUAAAAGCUUCGCAUCUGUUGCCCGAGUUAUGCAUGCAUUACGAAAUUUCCUCAGAACUCGCGUUACCUCAAGGAGUAUUAUUGGAUCAGAAUUCGCUCAUCGAAAGCGUCAAAGAAGCCGGCAUCGAUAUCGUCAAAUUGAGCUCCGAAGCAGGCAAACAUAACGGGUUGUCUAUUCAUAGGCAUAGCUGGGUAGACGUGCCUUCGACCACCGUCACUGAUUUUAGUAUUCUAGAAACGAACAGUAGUUCGUCGUCUCCGUUUGUCGAGAGGAAGUAUCCGAACGAAGAUUUGACUUUCGAAGCGAUGAAAAGAGUCAUGACCGAAAGUCACGAUACCCAGCGUAAAAAUCAGGCUAAUCGUAAUGCCGAAAUUGUAAACAUGUAUAAAACCAAACCUUUCGACGAAUUGGUGAAAUUAUCGUCUCCGAAUGAAAACGAUACCAUUAAGUAUAAACUUAACGAGAUAUUUUUAAAGAUGAAUAUCGAUAUUCGAAAUUCAUCUAAAAAUGAUAAUACUACCAAAGAGUAUUAUAAACCGGUUGUGGAGACUUUGUUUCCGGAGUGUUUUGUUUAUUAAUUAUUAUUAUUUAUUCUUUUCACGAAUGAAAUGUUGAGAUGAUAGGUUAUUUAUAUGUAUUUACGUACCUAUGUAUUUUAUAUCCGUACUGUUGAAUUAUAAUAUAGUAUAUUUUAUAUUAUAUCAAGAGCGUACAAAGUAUUAACAAAUCUUCAUUAUUA